CCGCAGGUGGUGUGGCGUUACCUCCUCAACGUCUUCCCCCCCGGCCUCUCGGGCCAGCAGCGCCUGGCCCACCUCCGCCUCAAGGCCUCCGAGUACGGCGCCCUCAAAUCCCUGCUGGCCUCCCGCGCCCCCCCGGCCCAGCUGGCCCUGCUGGGGGCCGCCGUCCGCAAGGACGUGGUGCGCACCGACCGGGGCCACCCUUACUUCGGGGGGCCCGAGGAAGGGCACCCCCACCUGGACGCCCUCCAGGCCCUGCUCACCACCUUCGCCCUGGGCCACCCUCGCCUCUCCUACUGCCAGGGGAUGUCGGACGUGGCGGCCCCGCUGCUGGCCGUGCUGGACGACGAAGCCCAAGCCUUCCUCUGCUUCUGCUCCCUGAUGAAACGUUUGGCCCCCCGCUUCCGACCGGGGGGCAGGGGGCUGGCCCGGGCCUUCGCUCACCUCCGCCGCCUUCUCCGCCGCGCCGACCCCCAAUUCUGGGGGUUUUUGGCCGCCCGCGGGGCUCACGAUUUGCUUUUUUGUUACCGGUGGCUGCUGCUGGAGCUGAAGCGCGAGUUCGCCUUCGAGGACGCCCUGAGGGUGCUGGAGAUCACCUGGAGCUCGCUGCCCCCCGCCCCGCCGCCUCCCCCCGGGGGGGUGCCGCUCCUGGGGGCUCCCCUCAGGGCUCGGAGGGACGGGGGGGGGGCCGGGGAGGGGAGGGGGGUGAGGCCGAGGCCCCCCCCGCCGGGGGCGGGGGGGGGGGGGGGGGGUCCCAAGAGCUCCGGUGACGUCAAGGAGGGUCCCAAGAGCCCCAACGAUGUCACCGAGGGUCCCAAGAGCUCCCCCGAUGUCCCAGGGGGUCCCAAAAUCUCCGACGAUACCAACGAGGGUCCCAAGAGCUCCGCCGAUGCCAACGAGAGCCCCCAAAUCUCCAGCGACGUCCAGAAGGACCCCAAAAUCUCUGGCGACGUCAAGGAGGGUCCCAAGGGCUCCAGCGACGUCCCAGAGGGUCCCAAGAGCUCCGGUGACCUUCAGAAGGGUCCCAAAACCUCCAGCGAUGUGCAGGGAAGUCUCAAAAUUACCAAGGAAGGUCCCAAAAUCUCCGACAUCAACGAGGGUCCCACGAGCUCCAGCGACGUCCAGGAGGACCCCAAAAUCUCCAGCGACGUCAAGGAAGGUCCCAAAACCUCCGUUGAUGUCAACGAGGGCCCCAAAACCCCCAUCGACGUCAACGAAGACCCCAAGACCUCCGGUGAUGUCAACGAGGGCCCCAAGGGUGAUGUCAGGGAGGAUCCCAAAAUCCUCAGAGGUGUUCAGGAAGGUCCCAAAACCUCCAGCAACGUCAACAAAGACCCCAAAACCUCCACCAAUGUCCCGGAGGGUCCCAAAAUCUCCGUUGACAUCAACGAAGACCCCAAGACCUCCGUUGACGUCAACAAAGACCCCAAAACCUCCAUCGAUGUCAACAAAGACCCCAAAACCUCCAGCAACGUCAACAAAGACCCCAAAAUCACCACUGACGUCAACAAAGACCCCAAGACCUCCGUCGACGUCAACGAAGACCCCAAGACCUCCAUCGCCACCCGAGAGGGUCCCCAACCCCCCCGCGACCCCAACGAAGAAGCCCCCCAGCAUCUCCAAGACGCCACCCUGGAAGACCCGUGGGCGGGCGGCUGGGCUUGGGAGCCUUCCUCCUCCUCCUCCUCCUCCUCCUCCUCCUCCUCCUCGUCGGAGGAAGACGAGCUGGGCCUGGAGGACGACGGGGCGCCGCUGCCGCCGCCGGCGGAGCUGGGCCAGGGGAACCCCUUCCUGCUCUUCGUGUGCCUGGCCAUGCUGCUGGAGCAGCGCGAGGCGCUGAUGGCGCGCGGCGGCGACUACAACGAGGUGGCCAUGCACUUCGACCGCCUGGUGCGCCGCCACCACCUGCCCCGCGUCCUGCGCCGCGCCAAGGGGCUCUUCGCCCGCUACCUCGAAGGGUGGGGGGGGGCCCCCCCCCCCAACUGGGGGGGGGGGGGGGGGGGGGGGGGGGGGGGGGCGGGGGUGUUGGCUGUAGGAGGGGGUUGA